AUGAAGAGCACCUACCCCUUAUCCAAAGAAACAGUUAGCAGAUGCAAGGCAAUGUAUUUUAUGAAAAUGGAAAAAGAACUGGCUGCCCUGUUAAUCAAUAAUUAUUCUCUAAAGCACUCUACUUUAUUAGACUCCGGAUCAUUAAUUUAUGUAUUUAAUAAGAAAGAACGUUUUGUUAACUUUAAGAGAGCAACUCCUAGUAACUUCUUAUAG